AGACGCUCGCUCUUUCGGCUCCAUUGCCCAUAUAGCCAUUGCCAUUCCAGUAAGUUGACGCGCCAGUUGACGCCGAGUCGCCCGCCGAGUCUCUCGAACGCACAUACGCCUCCAUUCAAAAAUUCAAACAAAUAAGUCACAAUGGCGCAGAUCACGAGGCUCUCCAUAAUUAAAUUUUUGGAGCUCUUAAUAGUUAUCGUCCUCUUGGUACUUCAUGCCUAUUCAGAUGACGUUGCCACGGAACAGCAUACUCGAUUUUUGACUAUGGGUACGAUUGGUGGAUAUCUAAUCAUCCUUGUCGGUUUAUUUGCCGGUGGAAUAAUGGGAACACCAGUCAACCGCCGAGUGGAUUUGUUCUACAGCGUCAUUGGUUGUGCACUUUUCAUAGUCGUUGGAGUACUGAACAUUCAAGCUUUUGAUAGACUAUAUAAGAGCAAGACUAAGGACACAGGAAUUGCCAAAGGUUCUAUGGCCAUCAUCGAAGGAGCUCUCUUCUUUUUGGACGCUAUCUUCACCUUCAGAGGAGAUGCCUAAAUUCUCCAAGUGUCAAAGGACUGCUGAAGUUUAUUUAUAUAAAAAAAGAUCGGCAUCACAGAGUUGUCCAGAAAAUUGCAAAACUAUUUUCCAAAUAUCCUGUUAUUGUAUACCAUAAGUCCAUUUUUAAAUUUGCAUACCAUAUAUCCAAAUUUAAGUUUUUAUACCAGAUGUCCAAUUUACAUUUGUAUACCAGAUGUACAAUUUAUGUUUUUAUACCAGAUGUCCAAUUAAUGUUUUUAUACCAGAUGUCCAAUUUACAUUUGUAUACCAGAUGUACAAUUUAGGUUUUCAUACCAGAUGUCCAAUUUACAUUUGUAUCCAGAUGUUUAAUUUAAAUUUGUAUACUAGUUGUCAAAUUUAAUUUUGUACGCUAUAGUUCCACUUAAGUUUGUUUACAAGAUGUCCAAUUUAAAUCACCAGAUGUUCAAUUUAUGAUUAUACAUCAUAGGGCCAAUUUAAGUUUGUAUACCAGGUGUCCAAUUUAAAAUUGUGUACCAGAUGUCCAAUUUAAGUUCGUACAUAAUAGGUCCAAUUGAAGUUUAUAUACCAGAUGUCAAAUUUAAAUUUGUACCUAAGUUUAAUUUAAGGUUGCAUACCAGACGUCCAAUUUAAGUUUGUGUACAAGAUUUUUCAUUUAAAUUUGUAUACCAGAUGCCCAUUUUAAAUUUGUAUGCCUAAUAUCCAAUUUAAAAUUUUAUACCAGAUGUCCAAUUUAAGUUCAUACAUGACAGGUUCAAUUUAAGUUGACAUACCAGAUGUAAAAUUUAAAUUCACAUCAGAUGUACAAAUUUUAAUUCUUAUACCAGAUGUCAAAUUUAAAUGUGUACCUAUAGGUACAAUUCAAGUUUGUAUAUUAGAUAUACAAUUUAAAUUUGUAUACCAGAUUCCAAUUUAGGUUUGUCUGGUCAAAUUUAAAUUUGUAUACCAGAUGAAUUAUUUAAAUUUGUAUACCAGAUGCUUAAUUUAAAUUUGUAUACGAGGUGUACCAUUUAAAUUUGUAUACCAUAUGCAAAAUUCAAAUUUUUAUGCCAAAUAUCCAAUUUAAAAUUGUAUACCAGAUGUUCAAUUUAAAUUUGUAUGCCAAAUAUCCAAUAUAAAAUUGUGUACCAGAUGUCCAAUUUAAGUUCGUACAUAAUAGGUUCAAUUUAAAUUUAUACCAGAUGUCAAAUUAAAAUUUAUGCCAGUUUCAUACAUUUUUAUUUGUAUACCAGAUGGCUGAUUUAAAUUUGUAUGCCAGAUGUCCAAUUUAGGUUUUUCUGCUCUAAUUUAAAUUUGUAUACCAGAUGUCCAAUUUAAAUUUGUAGACUAAAUGUAAAAUUUAAAUUUGCAUACCAAAUAUCCAAUUAAAAAUGUUAUACCAUAUAUCCAAUUUAAGUUGAUAUGCCAGAUGCACAAAUUUUAAUUUGUAUAUCAUAGGUGCAUUUUAAGUUUGUAUACGAGAUGUCCAAUUUACAUUUGUAUACCAAAUGUCCAAUUUAAAUUUGUAUGCCAAAUAUCCAAUAUAAAAUUGUGUACCAGAUGUCCAAUUUAAGUUCGUACAUAAUAGGUUCAAUUUAAAUUUAUACCAGAUGUCAAAUUAAAAUUUAUGCCAGUUUCAGACAUUUUUAUUUGUAUACCAGAUGCCUGAUUUAAAUUUGUAUGCCAGAUGUCCAAUUUAGGUUUGUCUGCUCUAAUUUAAAUUUGUAUACCAGAUGUCCAAUUUAAAUUUGUAGACUAAAUGUAAAAUUUAAAUUUGCAUACCAAAUAUCCAAUUAAAAAUGUUAUACCAUAUAUCCAAUUUAAGUUGAUAUACCAGAUGCACAAAUUUUAAUUUGUAUAUCAUAGGUGCAUUUUAAGUUUGUAUACGAGAUGUCCAAUUUAUAUUUGUAUACCAAAUGUCCAAUUUAAUUUUAUUCUACCAUAUGUUCAAUUUAGGUUUGCAUACCAUAGGUCCAAUAUAAAGUUUGUCGAGUUUUUUUCCGACUGUUAAAAUCAAACCCUUUUGUUAGGUUUUUAUUUAUUUUUCAUCCCAUUUUUCAAAUGCGCAUUUAAGUAAAAUCUGUGUCGUUUUACGAACUUAACUAUUUUGCUUUAAGGAAAGCACACCCUUAAACUCGAUGUAUUUUCGUAGCCAUAUUUUUCUAAUACUUCUUAGGCUUAAGGCUUGGUCAGUACAAAAUCAGCAUAAUCUUCUUCAAUCUCAGAUAAAAUGAUAGCAGCAGAAUCCCUUUUAUAAUAGCAAUAUUAUGCUAUAACCUCGAUAUUAAAUCUCUAUAUAGUUAUAAUCAAAUUAUUUAUUUAUAUCUAGUUAUUUGUACAUUUUGUAAUACUGUCUGAGUAAUUAAAUAUUUCGUGUAUUUUUAAGAGAAAUGGUUGUCAAUAAAUUUCUUUGGGAGAAACGAAA